UGACAAGAGCAGAGAAAGAAAACACAAAAAGUCGUCUGAUUGACUGAUUGAAGACGAGAACCUAGAACAGAACUCCAGACAGGCUGUUAGCCCUGUCAACGCCCACCCCGCCCACGGUACGCCCACGGGGGGUAUGCCUGGUGGUCGAUUGACCGCCCUUAUUCCUCAAUCCGACGGAUUCCGACAAAGUCCAUGAGCCAGGGGCCGGUCAGCGCUCAGCCCACGGGCGUGUUCCAUUGGCUCCAAGGCCGCCCUUGGGGUCAGUCCGGAGCCGGACUCACGCUGGGGCGCGCCCAAGUGGCUAAAGGUUCCCGGACUUUGUUACAAAAUCUGACUCAAUGUCACACGUUAGACUCGCACCACGGGUGCGUGAAUACUUUGGCCUGGAAUGCGGGUGGUCAGUGGCUCUUAUCCGGCUCGGACGAUCAUCGCCUCGUUAUCACGGAUCCUUUCAGUCGCCGAGUGAUCAGCGACGUGCUCACCGCACAUCGAGCCAAUAUCUUCUCGGCCCAGUUCUUGCCGCACACCUCGGAUGCACGACUCGUGUCCGCGGCUGGCGACGGCAUCUUGGCCUAUACGCACGUUGAACGAGCCACGGAAACGCGGGCUUGCUUGUUCAAUUGUCAUCACGGUACGGCCUAUGAGAUAUUGACUUGGCCCGGUGACCCGCAUACAUUUUUAUCAUGCGGCGAGGAUGGCACGGUGCGUUGGUUCGACCUACGGAUCAAGGACCGUUGCGAUCGGGCUUCGUGUCAGGAGGAUGUGCUGAUUGCGGGUCCGGACCCAGUCACGGCCAUGGCCAUGGACCCAGUCGUGCCCUAUCGAUUAGCGGUGGGCUCUUCAGAUUCGGCCGUGCGACUCUUUGAUCGCCGUAUGUUGGGUACGCGCAGCACGGGUCAAACUCAAUCCCGCAGUUUGGCCGCCCUGCUAGCCCGUUUUAUUGUGCCUGAACUGCGGGGUAAACACCGGCGAAUCACGGCCGUGGAUUUUCGGCCUGACGGUCGUGAGAUCCUAGCUUCGUAUUCCUCCGACUAUGUUUACAUUUUUGAUCCCCAAGCUGACGAUGCCGAGGGCACCAAACGCUUGUAUGUGGGUCAACGUCCAGUGGCACGACCGUCGACCGGCCGUGCCCGUAACACCAAAAGCCCACCUCCCAUGAAACGCUUGAGAUUACGAGGAGAUUGGUCGGAUACGGGUCCGAACGCUCGGCCGGAGACCAAUCGUCAGCCUCCUAGAGAACAACGGCUCGAUGAGUCCGAAGAUCCUACGUUGUCCGACACAACGGAAGCCGGCCCAUCAGUGCCGGUUCAAAGCAAUCUGAUGCAAAGGAUGACUGACGCCUUGUCUCGAAUGCUAAACGACCCUUCAACACGCCGUGCGAUGCGCUCCUUGAACACCAACCGCGAUCGUAUUCUAUUAGCGGCAGCUCAACGGGAAUCUAGUCAGCCAACCAUCACCGAAGAAGCACAACUACCGUCAGACGACUCCGAUUCGGCGGUCACCCUUCAUCCGGACGCGUCUUCCCUUGCCAAUGAACCGCUCAAUCCCGAUAACUCCGAAACCGUUCAUUCUUUGUCAACAGACGAUCAAUCCCCUCAAAUUUCCGCAGACACUGAAACGCAUGAUAUUGAAUCGGUUUUGGUCGAAAGCGCUCCACCAUUAAGUGCUCCGAGUGAUAUUCCCGAACCAAGAUCAGACCCGCCAAACGUUGCAGACUUGCCUGACUUCCGGCUCCGCUACGGCCAUCGUGGAACGGAUGUGAGCAGUAUCUCUCUUGGCCUGGCAGCUCCGGAACCCGUGGCGGAAUACGUGACGGAUUUACCCGGUCCUAGUCAAGUGGUGACCGAUCCUGGUAAUUGCUCAAGGAAUCCUGUUACAGGACAGAGACAAAGGCGCAGAGGCGUAUCGGGACCGCCCACUGGAGUGUCCGUGGAUUUCAACCCUCCGUCGACCGAUUUAGGACAAGCCAUAUCUGACGAGUUGGUCGAAUAUGAAGAGGAAAUUCGUUCCUCGGAUGAGGACAGUGAUGAAGAUGAACAAGAAGAGCGUUCACUAUCACCACUGCGAUGUAGCGCUUCCAAUCGAAACGUGUCGGACUCGAGUAAUAAUUUCAUUACAAAAAGACCCAUUCGGCAGCCCAAGGUGAGGCAAAAGUUCUCGGGUCAUCGGAACUCUCGAACUAUGAUCAAAGAGGCCACUUGGUGGGGCAAUGACUUUGUUUUAUCGGGGUCGGACUGUGGGCACGUGUUCGGUUGGGAAAGGAGUUCGGGCAAGUUAGUCCUACUUCUCGAGGCCGAUCGACACGUGGUCAAUUGUAUCCAACCGCAUCCUUUUGAUCCGAUCUUAGCCACAUCGGGCAUUGAUUAUGAUGUCAAAAUUUGGACGCCACAAGGAGAUGGGUCAGGCUUUAACCAAGAAGUGGCGGAUAACCUUGUCAGACGCAACGAAGUUAUGUUAGAAGAGACCCGUGACACGAUUACAGUUCCGGCUGCCCUCAUGAUUCGAAUGCUUGCAUCGUUGAAUCAGAUUCGUAGAGCUGGGCGGAUUUUACCCCAAAUUCUUGAACGGGGAAAUAAUGCCACGGAAGAACAGUUUGUCAGCAACCCCACCGAUGAGUCAUCCAAUCAAGACAACCUUGUUCCUGGUGGUAACCCCGAUGAGCAAGUCGAAGAGAUGGAAUCAAGUGAUGACAGUCAACUAUGAUUUAUGUACAAGAAUUGCCAGUGGAAUAAUUCACUAACCCAACUCAUCCAAAACUUGUUAUUUCAAUCUCUCGAUACAUAAUAGAAUAUUUCACCAAGA